AUGGCGACCGAGAGCGGAUUCAAGGCCGCCGGUAAGAAGGCGGGACUUGAGGUCUGGCGUAUCGAAGACCUCGAGCCGGUGCCGGUGCCAGCUGCUGAGCAGCACAAACUCUACAGUGGCGAUAGCUACAUUUUCCUCAAGACAACUGCCGGGCCAAUGUGGCACAUUCACUUUUGGCUGGGCAAGAACUCGUCCACUGACGAGAGCGGCGUGGCCGCGUACAAGACGGUGGAGCUGGACAAUGCACUGGGCGGCGUCGCUGUCCAGCACCGGGAGUGUCAGGGCUAUGAAUCUCCACUGUUUCUGUCUUACUUCAAGACGACGGGUCUGCAGUACCUAGAGGGAGGCGUUGCAAGUGGGUUUAAUGAAGUCAAGCGCGACGAGUACGUGACUCGUCUAUACAGGAUCAAGGGAAGUCGCACUGUGCGUGUUGAGCAGGUGCCGCUGCAGAGCUCGUCGCUGAGUGUGGACGAUGCCUACGUGCUCGAUGCUGGGCUCGAGCUCUUCGUCUACGCCGACAGGGAGGUCAAUCGUCUGGAAAAGACCAAGGCGUUAGCGUUCGUUUGCAAAACUAGAGAGGAUCGGGGAGGACGUGCCAGUGUUGUGUUCAUUGAUGAGGACCCGAGAAACGUGGCGUUUUGGGAUGCCCUGGGCGGUUUCACGACUGUGACGCGCUCGAGAGAGUCGGAUGAGCACCAUGAAAUCGCGGUGAAGAAGAGCACGAGCGUGCUUUGUGUGAGUGGAUCGACGGACGACAAUCUGAAGGUCGUCGAUGUCACGCCGUCAUCGGGAGUCCUUACGAAAGAUAUUUUGAAGACCGAGGAUGUGUUUAUUAUCGACGUUGGCAACGAAAUGUUUGUCUGGGUGGGUAAGGCCGCUUCAAGGAGCGAGCGCAAGAGCGCUUUGGCAGUUGCUGAGCCCUACUUAAAGAAAGUAGGCCGUCCGUUGCACACGCCUAUAACACGCGUUGUCGAGGAGGGUGAAACGCCCUUGUUCACUGCAUUGUUCAAGGCUUGGAAUUCGCCCAAGGUUCUUGAAUUUGGUCAUCAGCCAAGUCAGGGUGUUGCUAAGAUGCAGGAUGACAAGCCCAUCGAUGUGAAGGCACUGGUGAAAGCAGCGACCAAAAUCGAGGAGGACAUUGGCGCGGACAUCGAGGGUGACGGAAACCAUCAGGUUACAGUGUGGCGUAUCGAGGGCAUGGAAAAAGUGGAGGUGCCGAAGGAACAGUAUGGUCAAUUCUACGAUGGCGAUAGCUACAUCAUCUUGGAUGUGGUGACGCCGUCGAGUGGCAAGCCUGCACAAGUGAUUUAUUUCUGGCAGGGACGCUCAUCGACAACCGAUGAGAAGGCCGGGUCGGCUGUGUUGGCCACGUUCUUGGACGACAGCUUGGGCGGCACGCCCGUUCAGGUCCGUGUGACUCAAGGCAAGGAGCCGGGCCACUUUCGUGCAUUGUUCAACGGAACGAUGAUUGUGCACGCUGGUGGCAAAAGCAGUGCUUUUACUAACCGUAAAGACGAAGAUUCUUACGACACGGACGGUGUUUCGCUUUACCAAGUGAAGGGAACCAGUGCAAAGAACACCCUCGCAGUGCAGGUAGAGGAGAAGGCCUCGAGCCUUGCUUCGGGCGACUGUUUUGUCUUGGUGACUCCCACCAAGGUUUACGAGUGGCAGGGUGCUGGAAGCAGUGGUGCUGAGCGUGAGAUAGCGUCCAAGAUUGCCUCUGUUCUAAAGAAGAACCGGGAGACUGCAGUUGUAGAAGAGGGAAGCGAGUCGGAUGAUUUCUGGCAGUUUUUGCAUGGGAAGAGCGAGUAUGCGAAGUCAAAAUCAUCGUUUGAGGCUCCCCACGAACCCCGCCUGUUCCAGUGCUCGAACGCGUAUGGGUACUUCGAUGCGCGCGAGAUCGUCGACUUUGCACAAGAUGACCUCAACACGGAUGACGUGUUUAUACUGGAUACGUACACGACUCUGUACGUAUGGAUUGGUGCUGGUGCGAACGAAUCUGAGAGACGCAAGGCUAUGACGCUUGCAGAAAACUACUUGGCUGUCGUCAAAAGCGACGGCCGUGGCGAGGGCACACCCAUCGUGGCGGUCCACUGCAACAGUGAGCCACUCAUGUUCACGAGCAACUUCUUGGCCUGGGACAGCGACUACUUUCGCAAGAACGAGUUCUUGGACCCUUACGAGACCCGACUUCGACUUUUGAAGGAAGAGAAAGCGAAGAACGCGCCAAAGGAGUUGCCUGGGACGACUACCACCAGCAAGAAUGUCCACGAGAAGGAAGCCGCAGUACCUGCUUCUGCCACGGUAGCGUCUGUCACUGGUCCGUCUACGAAGUCUUCAGCUUCAGCAGCCACUCCAGUGUCGCCUAAGGCCACUCCAGUAUUGUCCAAGACCACUUUGGCAUCGCCCAAGAUCACUUCGCCAUCACCCAAGGUCGCCCCGCAGUCGCCCGAGGUAACUCCUGUAUCGCCCGAGACCACCCCGUCACCGUCGAAAGCCACCCCGUCAUCGUCGAAAUCCAUCCCGACGUCAUCGAGUGCCAUCUCAGCAUCGAGUGAAGCUGCUCCAGCAUCGCGUGAUGCCAACCCAUCAUCGGUCAAUGCCACUUCGACGUUGUCAAAAACCACCCAGACAUCAUUUGACGCUAUCCCGUCGUCGUUCGAGGCCACUCCGAUGUCAUCGAAAGCUCCGUCGGCACCGGCCAAGGUCAACUCGACAUCCUCGCUCACUACUGCUGCGCUUUCUCCUGUACAAGCCACUGGCCGUGCUGGGGAGACAUUCUCUUACGAGCAGCUGAAGGCUGGUGUUGAAGGCAUCGACAUCACGUUGAAGGAGAACUACCUCACGGACGCCGAGUUCGAGACCGUCAUGGAAAUGACCAAAGACGAGUUUGCUGAGCUUCCCAAGUGGAAGAAGCAAGCCAAGAAGAAAGAGACGGGGCUCUUUUAA